AUGUCUUCUUACAUUCUUUUUCCUUUGGUUACAGAUAUAGUUCGUCGAAUUGGGAUAUCGGGUUUUCGUAAUCUAGGUCCUUUCAUCGCUGCAUGUCCUGAAUGGUUAGCUAUUGUAUUUUCUGAUGAAGUUUUAAAGGAGUCUGGCAACAACAUGGCAAAAUACAUCGAAGGGUUACGACUAGCUGCUCUAGAUGGCCCCUCGGUUCAAACUCUAAAUAUGCUUGGCGAAGGUGCAGUUCAUAACUUACAUUCUUAUUUUGCUUUCGGAAAUUUUUAUGUUGUUUGUGGUAAUCCAGAGGAUGGUAAAAUAAUUAACGUGGUUUUCAAUGAAGUUUUUCAGAAUCUUGUAGAGUCACAUUAG